CUCCUUCUGGAACCGACGUCGGGCGUGAGGGAGAAGGAGAAGGGGAAACCCGACGCCGGCGCUUUUGUUUGGCUUUUGCCCUUCUCCAUCAUGGCGAAUCCCGCCGCCAACUUGAACGCCGUGAGGGAGACCAUGGAAGGUGAGGGUCUCGCGCUGCGCUGACCGUUUAUCCCUCCCCUCACACGCCCCUGCUCGCUCCCUAUUAUUAUUAUUAUUAUUAUUAUUAUUUAUUAUUAUUACUGCUACGACUAUUAUCAGUGCGGGAUUUACACAUAAGCUAAACAAGCAAAAUCUUAGGGCCUCACUCUCUUGGGGCCCCCCAAAAUUUUUAAAGAAAAAAACCCCCUGGAUGUACAUUUCCAAAAUAUAAGAUAAAAUAAACAAAUAAAAUAAAACCUACAUACAGUUAGAGCUUAAUAAUUAUUUCACUACUUCUUAAUUGCAUUUCAGUUCAACAAUUACUUUGACACAAUACAUAUUUUGUUAUUUGCAAAUGGCUUGAGAUACCUAUUAGGUCCAUAAAUUACCAUAUAGCAUAUAUUCAACACAAAAAAACAGCGACAAUUUGUUGUUGACAAGGGACAGCUGGACACAUAAAGGGCCCCAUUGCCUUCAGCUUAGGGCCUCAUCAAACCUAAAUCCAGCCCUGGUUACUAUUAUUAUUAUUAUUAACCCAGCCAGAUGGGUGGGGUAUUAUUAUUAUUAAUAAAUAAUACUACAAAACUAGGCUGAGGAGAAAAAGAGAGAGUGCUCCAACCAGGGGCAGCCCAAGCCUUUUUGCUGCCUGAGGCAAGAUGACCACUUGGCCCCUCCAUCUGACCACGUUGGUGGGGUGAAUCUUCCUUCGGUGCUUGAGAUCCUCCAUGGCACCCCAUAAUAGGCCAGGCAAGCUAGAUUGGGGCGAGGAGAUGUUGCUGCAGGGCAGGCCCCAUGCUUCUAGCCGCUUUACAUACGCACACACCAGAAUUUGCCGCCCGAGGCAGCUGCCUCACUCCGCCUGGUGGGAGGGCCGGCCCUGACUCCAACCCGGAGCUAGGGCGUAUUCGGUUAGAAAGAACGCUGAAAACAAAUCAUACAGAAAGCCGGACUUGUCCCAAGACUCAGCCAGGAACCAAAGCUACCCUUAGGGGUUUCCACCACAACCUCUGCAGAGGAUUGAAUCUUAAGUCCUCCCCCCUUAACUGGGCUAAUCAUAGAAGUUAGAAGGGACCGCGAGGGUCAUCUAGUCUAAACCCCCUGCCAUGCACAAAUCUUUCGCCCACCAUGGGGCUUGAACCCAGCAAAAGAUUCCAUUAAAAUUAAAAUUCAAUUUAAUUCAAAUUACUAAGGAAAAAAUAGCUCUUAUAUUUGGUAUUUUACUGGUGGCAGUGAAAUCACGCUCCUCACUUUAUGAACAUGCAUUGAAAACAGCAUAUUUUUAUGUGUACAAGAAAUUGCUAGCCCAGUACAGCCAUACAAUGUUAAUUUGAAAAUAUUUUUUCAGUCCUGCUGGAGAUAUCAAGAAUUCUAAACACUGGUUUAGAUAUGGAAACCCUCUCUAUUUGUGUGCGCCUUUGUGAACAAGGGAUAAAUCCAGAGGCACUGUCUGCUGUCAUCAAGGAACUGCGCAAAGCCACGGAAGCCCUAAAGGUAUGAUCAGUUUUUGGAAAACCAAAAUAAUCUGUUUAGAGCUCUCAGAAUGUUACAACAUAAGCUCAAAAACACCUGUGCACUAAAUCGGCAGACAUCUGCUUUACUUUCCAACACUGCGCAUACUUAUCUUACUUUCCAAGACCACAACUUUCUUAACCUUUGAGACUGCAUCAAAUGAUGUCUUCUUAAAAAUAAAACAGUUUGUAGUUUUCUGCUAUCAUUCAUGCGAGAACAGGCUUUUUCUCUCACUUUUUCUAUAGGUACGCAUAGAUGGCAUGAAUGUAAUUCAUAGGCUCCUAUAGGAGGAGGAAAGGUGGGAUAUAAAUUCAAUAAAUAAAAAAUAUUAUUAUUAGGGCCUUAAUAAUUGGAGAAUAUAUUACAGUACUGUUCAAUUAAAAAUAAUUUCCUUUUAAAUAGUCUGAUCUGCAUACUUACUCAGAAGCGAGUACAACAUUUUAGUGGGGUGUACAUCCAAACGUGUAAAGUUGCAGUUUUAUAAUACGUUUUUAGUUCUGGAAGACAACUGACCUUAAGGCCAGGGAAGCUAUUUGAUUAUCAAAUUUGUUUUGAACUUACGGCACCAUCACCCAAAAUGGUUGCCGCAUGCAGCAGGGAUAUAGUGGUGGACUUGCCCCAUCUGCAGGAUGGAGAUGUUUGGAUUGCAGCCUAAGCCUUAUAAAGUUAGGUUCUGUUGUGCCUCAGAACAUAAGUCUGUUGGAAGAAGUGCUACCCAUCAGAAGUUUAACAAACAGAAUAUAAAAAUAAGCAGCACUGGAAUAAAUGUUAAUAUCUUAUUUGACAUUUUGAUUGAAUUGUAUAUAUGCUGCUGUAAUUUAUGCAUAUCCUGUGUUCCAGGUUCAAAAGAAAUCUGUAAAUACAAGAAUAAAAAUUUGUGACAGUUGACAUUCUUUUGUUCAGAAGUUGGCAGUUUUGAGUUUAUGGCUUUGCUAUUAAGGACUCCAUAAUACAUGUGUCUACUUGCAAAUCAAUUAGAUUUGUGCAUGCCAUACACUUAUGCACAUUUUGCUGUGGCAUUUGUGGAUAGACAAUUUGAUACCUUUGUUUUGAUCACAGCAAAGCUGGAGUUACUGGAUAGCUUCAGUCACCAGAUACAGACUUGUCAGGAGGAGCAAGAUUGGGAAUGUUGAACACACUGUACAGUAAAAUGUUGUUUAGGAAGGAAAUAAAGAAAGAAUAGGGUUCAGAAACACUGAAAACAGUUAUUACCCUUAAGAGUCUCGUUGAUAAGGUAAAGGGACCCCUGACCAUUAGGUCCAGUCAUGACCGACUCUGGGGUUGCGGCACUCAUCUUGCUUUAUUGGCCGAGGGAGCCGGCGUACAGCUUCUGGGUCAUGUGGCCAGCAGAACUAAGCCGCUUCUGGCGAACCAGAACAGCGCACGGAAACGCCGUUUACCUUUCCGCUGGAGCGGUACCUAUUUAUCUACUUGCACUUUGACGUGCUUUCGAACUGCUAGAUUGGCAGGAGGAGGGACCGAGCAAUAGGAGCUCACCCCGUCAUGGGGAUUCGAACCACCGACCUUCUGAUCGGCAAGUCCUAGGCUCUGUGGUUUAACCCACAGCGCCACCCGCGUCCCUAAGUCAUUGAUAAGAUCUACCUACUAAUAUGAAUCCUUGCUGCAUCUCACCCUUGUAUGGAAACACACUUGUUUCUUAUUCCACCUGCCCACAAACAAUUCAAGAUAGUUUUCAGAAUUGCUGAUAUAGUUUAACAAAGCAAUUGAUUUAAAACUAGUUAACCUCUGAACUUAAUCACCUUCCACACACAUGUACAAAGAAAUAAUAAUCAGCCUUCAAGCAAGAAAGGUUUUGCCCUGGCUUUUGUGAACAGAAGCACUUGCAGACAAAGCACCUGUAAACUGGUGAUGAAUGUACCUGCUAAACCCUAUCAUCAGUGGUAGAUAGGGAAGAGUGCUAAGACUUGGUUCAGACUCCCCUUGAAUUUCUCUUCCACCCCCCAGAAGAUUGACACACCGGUAAUACUCCUCCUAAACAGAGCUGCUAUAGCAGUGAUCACAAAAGGUUGAUGGGUUAGGAAGAAGUGCUGUUUUUUCUGUCAUUUCAGCACAGGUGGCUUUGUGUCCAGGCUGCAAGAGCAGUCUUUCAGUACCGUUGGUUCCUCUGAGAGGUAGUGAGAAGUUCAUGGAUUUAGUCCAGGGUACCUCCCCUGGCAAACACACAACCUGCUGCUUAGGGCAGCUCAGUUGCAGUGGCUCCAGGACAGCGAUUCCAUCAACAUCCUUUCAGCAUUAGGUGAAAAAUAAAAAGCAACACAUUUUAUGCAGCUACAAGCUGCCGUGAUACAGGUCCAAAAUGUUAGUAAUCUUCAUUUUUGUUUGUCAUGAAUAUGCUAAAAUCAAGUUACUUUUUCUAGGCAGCUGAAAACAUGCCAAGCUGAGUCUAUGGAACAGCAUCUUUGGAUUGAGGCGAAGCUUGAUGUGGGAGGCUAACAGAUGAUUUCAAGGUCGUGUGCUGUUUAGGACUCCAGACAUUAUUGGCUGUGUUGGUUUCUGAAGUCUUCACUGAGGAAGAAAUAUAAUGUAAAGGUGUAUAAAAAUGUUAAAUAUGCUUAUUAACCAAUGAUGUAUCUUUAUUGCACAUGAUGUUUUGAAAAUAUUGUAAAUAUGUAUUCAACAAAUAGAUGUAAUUUUUUUUGGCAGUCUUUCAAAUAUUUCUCAUCUCUGAAAUAGUGAAACUGUACUAAAAAUAAUCAUAUGAUAUACUACCUUCCUGUUGCAAAACACUAUUGGAUGUGGGGUAUGAUUGACUUUCUUUUUUAAAGGUACACAAAACUUUGCAUAAGUUUAAAUAAUAUUUUCCAUUCAGAUUACUUCACUAAAUUAAAAGCCACUUGCCAUCCUGUGAAGAAAGUUGCCAUUGGGCACCUUUGCUUUGUUUAAAUAUAUGCAUAUUUAAACAAUAUAUUUCAUGUAUAUAAUGGAGCUUUUUACUGGGGCAGUGUGGUGCAAUAUGGUUAAAAUUAAACACUGCUUGAUUUCAGCGGAAGAGGUAUGCACAUGCUUAACCACCAUCCAUUGAAAUUAAUAGUAACUAAAAGUGCUUAAUGUUGACCGACUGGAUUAUGCAUUACUAUUAUGUCAUCUUUCUUAUUUGUUAUUACAUACUAUACAAACAAUAAUAGAAUAUUAUUAUAUAAAGUCCCUUGGAAAGGUUAUCAAACUUAGUUGGGGAAUAUCAAAUUACAUUUUUAUUUAUGGGGACAGGUUGAUCCUUCAGUUUCACAGUGGAAUGUUCAUUUAAUGACCAUGGGAAGAUUGAACAUAAAUCAGGGGUGGAAAAUGUGUGAACUCCAGCGGUCUUGGUCAUCACAAGAACAGUUUUAUGUGUUUAGUGAUAAAAGAUGUUUGCCUUAAGGAUUACCUACACAUUGUUUUUCUCUGUUCAUUUUACAAAUUCUGUUUUCUAAGUAUUCUGCUUGUAUUCUGGAUAUUUAAAGGACUAUCAAGGAAAUAGUCAAUGCUGAUGUCUAAAAUAGAGUAAUUGGGUUUUAUACUAUCAUGAAGAAGGAUAUUUUAAGUUGUGAAAUGGCUAUAGGAAAAUAACUUUUAUUUAGCGAGAAGAGAUGUUUCACAGACUAGUUCUUUGAAUUUAUAUUAGUAACAUGAUUUACUUUAUUGUUAAAGCUUCAUGAACUUUCUGUUGCUUUAUAAGAAAUAAAACCAUUCUUUGCCAACCGUGACAUUUGCUUGCAGAUUAGUCAAAAGAGUGCUUGGAAAGUAGGCAGUGGCAAGAAGAAAUUAAUCUAAAGAAAAUGGGUGGUGGAGACAUGGAGUUGAAGAAAGGAAGAACCAGGGAUUAAGUCACACUUUGGUGUGGCUAGCCUGUAACCAUUCAGAGGUCAGUUUAUACAAUAAUUCAUAAAAAAUAAAAAUUUCCAAGCAUUCGUAGGUGCCAGGAUAUGGUGAAUCCAGACCAUGAUGCUUAGACCUAUCACACUUUGGUGGGAGUUGUGCAAACUCCUGGCUAAGAUUUUCUAAAGCUACAAUUUUUGGGUAGUUUGAAGAUCAUCAGCUACUCUCUACAGGUUGUAUUCACAACAAUAAAUAAUAAUUUUAUUAUUUAUACCCCGGCCAUCUGGCUGGGUUUCCCCAGCCACUCCAGUGGCUGCUUUGCAUUAAUGAAAGUGCUGUUGCUUAUGCAAGAACGGGCAUCUGAUUUUUGGUGAGCACUCCCUACCUAGUGCAGUAUCCUGUGUCCCUCCCAAGGGUUGGGGGACCCUCUGGAACAAUUGGAAUAUAUCAUGGAGGUCUAUAAUAGAGGUCAAUAUGGAAUAUAAGAUAGGAAGAGGGUUGGUGAAAAUGGGUGCGCCACCCUGUACCACUUCCACUAGUACAAAACCACCAUUGGAUACCACCCUUAGUUCAUAAUUCUGCAGUGAAAAUGCUUGUUCAGGCAUGUCUUGUGUGUUGUUCCCUGUGGCUCUACACUUUCAGAUUAACAUGUCUAGUUGUUUGUGCUGUCUGCUAAAAACUGAAGGGAAAUCCUUUGCCUGCUAUUUCCCCUUGCAAAUGGCAUCUUUGUGUGGUAUUUAAUUGCCAUCGAACAAGUCCUUGCUGGCUGUAAAGUGUAACAAAUCCCCUUUCACUCGCUGAAUCUGGCAGUUAUCUUCAAUAGAACAGAGUUUUUGGUGUGGCUAAUCCACUUCUUCAAAAUCACAACUUUAUCCCUUAAUAUCAAUAAAUGGUUCAUCAUCAAAAUCUGAGUCUGAAAACUCAGAAAGUUUGAAAUUCUAUUUACAAUAAAUUCUGAAUUAUUAACUACACUGGCAUCCCAUUUUCACCUUACCCUGCUACCAGAAGGGCUGGAAAUGAUUUGAGAGAGAGAGAGAGAGAUGCCAUUAUACCCAAAGUGUCAAGACCUGCUGGUGUGAUCUACAACCCACCCCAAGAGUAGAACAGGUGAAAUUUGACACACACAUCCUUAAAUGCUGCUUACGAAAUGCCUUAAAUAGUGACACCACUAGAUAAAACUCUGAAGAGGCAAAGACAAUUUAUGGAGAAGCAAGUUUGUUAGAUUUUUAGAGAAAUUGGUAUUUUUCACAAUAACAACCACAAAUAACUGCACCACCCUGAGUUUGUUGGAGAAAAAGGUGAUUUAUAAAUGUAAUAAAUAAAAAAUCAAAUUUUUCUCUGAAAUAAAGUCCUACUGUGUUAGAUGCCACCAACUUUCAAAUAACUUCCUUUUCCUCUCCAUUCCUUUGGACUGUGAGCCUGUGGCAGGGGCUUGUGUAUAACACUUAGAAUUUUGCAGGUGAUUGAUUUAUAGUUGUUUUUAAGCAUGCUUAGGGUUGAACCCCUAUUUCAACUUCCAGUUUCUGAUACAUUAUAAUUUGCAUGUGAAAUGUGCAUUUCUUGCAAAAUUUCCAGAGAGUUUUCUUUUUGAAUAAUAGGGAGAAAAUCAGUCGCUCAUUUCUGGGGAUAAAUAUAAGUUCUCUAUGUUCCUCUUAGCAGCUGUGUGUUGUGGGCAGCCCAUGCUAAAAUGUACUUCUUUACAUUUUUUCUGAUGACCAGUGGUUUGUAACAAAUAAAUGUGAGUGGCUGGCCUUGCCUUGAAGUUAUCACAGGGAGGAACAUGUGGCGCAGGAUGAGCUAAUUGUCUGGAAGGAGCUCUACACCCCAUCCCACCCCAAAAUCUGGAGCUUCCUGUCUCUUGGUAUUGCGGUCAUGCAGUAUUACUUGUUUUGUAAAAAUCGGAACGUCCAAAAUAAAUGAUAAAUUAUAC